UAAUUUGGCGGGAUCGGUUAGCGGUUCUGCUCUCACCGUCACCAAGCAAAUGAGCUUCUCGAAAACCACAAAUCUGGUAUUAAUUACCUGCAACUGCAAGCACCCCUUGGGGACCAGGACCUAGCCCAGAAAUUGAUCAAAUUCAAAAUGACCUUGCCUCUGUUCGUUCCAAGAUGUUCUGAAUCUCAGUCAUCUUUAGGAUCAUCAUAUUAGCUUAAAAAGCUUAAAAUGUGGUGCCUGUUUAGAGGGAUUUGCGUCAUGAUUGGAACUACCUUCCUGGCUGAAAUCUCACUCUGGAAAUGAGCAUGAAGCAUAUAGCACUACACUUUCCAAAUGCUUCUGAAUGGUGGACCAAACAAUGUGUAAGAGCACACUAUGGAACAGCUCCACAAGGUGAAAAUUAUCAUGACUUCUAGAACACCAGCUGCCUCAUUCAUGCGUGCUGUGCGGGUCUAUAAAUUUGGUGGACCAUCAGAGCUCAAGUUGGAAAUGGAUAUUCCCAUACCUAACCCAGGUGAAAAUCAGGUUCUAAUCAAAGUUCAUGCUUGUGGAGUAAAUCCAGUUGAAACUUACAUGCGUGCUGGAACCUAUCCAAGGAAGCCAUCUCUGCCCUGGACACCUGGAAAUGAUGUGGCAGGAGUUGUGGAACAAGUGGGACAAUUUGUCAGCAAAUUUAAGAAAGGGGACCGUGUUUUCACAUGUGGAACCAUCACUGGUGGAUAUGCUGAGUAUACAGUUUCUUCAGAGAACCGUGUUUACCCCUUGCCAGAAAAUCUUAACUACAAGCAAGGAUCAGCUAUUGGAAUUCCUUACUUCACUGCAUAUCGAGCACUCUUCCACAAAGCCCAUGUGAAGGCUGGAGAAACUGUUCUAAUUCAUGGAGCAAGUGGAGGGGUUGGGAUAGCAGCGUGCCAGAUUGCCAGAGCCUACGGCCUGAAGGUUCUUGGGACAGCUGGGACUCAGGAAGGACUCAGUCUGGUUCAAAAGAAUGGAGCUCACAAGACUUUCAACCACAGGGAGACUGGCUACAUUGAUAAGAUCAAGGAUUAUACUGAUGGUCAAGGAGUAGAUGUGAUCAUUGAAAUGUUGUCCAAUGUGAAUCUGAGCAAUGAUCUUCAACUGCUUGCAGCUGGUGGGCGAGUGACUAUUGUGGGCUGCAGAGGUAGCAUUGAGAUAAACCCCAGGGAUACAAUGGCUAAGGAGUCCAGCAUCAUUGGGGUUGCAUUCGGUACAAUAACUGAGGAAGAUCGUCUGGAGUCGGCGGCUGCAUUCUUUGCAGGAAUGGAGAUGGGCUGGCUGAAGCCAGUGGUGGGACCUGAAUACACCCUGGAGAAAGUGGCUCAGGCUCAUGAGGAUAUCAUUAAGGGGCCUGGAACAAUGGGCAAGAUGAUUCUUACAAUGUAAGAUGCAGGAACAGAAGUCUGCCAUACAGCCUGAUGAGACUGCUCCAGUGAGAUCAUGACUGGUCUGAUAAUCCUCAUUUUCACUUUCCAGCCUUUUCCCCAUAAACCUUGGUUACCUUCCUAAUUAAAACUCUGCCUAUCUCAACCUUGAAUAUACUUAAUGACCCAGCCUCAACAGUCCCCUGUGGUAAAGAAUUCCAUAGAUUCACUAUUUUAUGGUAAAGGUUCCUCCUCAUCUCUGUCUUAAAUGGGCACCCUGAGAUUAUGUCCUGUGGUCUUAUACUCUCCCACAAGGGGAAGCAACAUCUUGCAUCUACCUUAAAAUCCAGAAAAGCUCUGUUCUGCCCCAUUACUAGUGCCAGUGCCCAAUGAACUGAAACCCAUUCCAUCCAUCUUCAAGCUCCACUUUAACUUCUUGAUGUUAAUUCCACUAUGCUAGUUUGCCAGUGCAUCAGGUACUAAUCCUGAGGUUAUUAUCUUGGAGUUUCUGCUUUUUGGUUUAGCUGCUAACUGUUUAAAGUCUUUCAGCAAAACCUCCUUGUAGUCGUGUCACUAUUGUUAGUACCAAUGUGGAUGUCCGACAGCUGGGUCCCUCCCCUCCCGGGCCAAGUUCCUUUCCAGCUCUGAGGAUAUGUCCUUAACCCUGACACUUCAAGAUUCAUGUUCACAGCUGAAGAAAACAGUAUCUGUCCCUUACCCCUACUACCUUCCUACUUCCUCUUCCCCACGAGUGGCUCCCUGUCGCAAGUGCUGUGGUCAGAUGGCUUAUCUUCUCUGCAGUCCCCACUCCCAUUCACACAGCUUACAAGAACCACAGCUGUUGGACAGUUGCAGGGACAGAGGCUGUUCGACAGCUGCCCUCUGGAUUCCCUUACCUAACUCACCUACCAUUCACACCCUCCUGUCCUUAAUCACAGACCAAGUUUGAAUUUCCUAAUCUGACAGGUGUUACCACCUCCUGGAGCAAAACAUCCGAGUAACUUUCGCUCCUGCCCUGAUGCCAUGCAACGUUUUGAAGAUGGGAGUUUGAUGUGUUCAAGCACUCCCAAUCUCCACUCACAUGUCAUGAUUGUAUGUCCAUUUGCAUUUAAGCCAAGUAUAUGAAUGAAAAAGUAAUGGCUGAUGUAUUUGGUUUAAUAAUUGACCAACACAGUGUGGGGCAGGUUUGAUGGAUGUGUUAAUCUUUCACUGUUCCAUCAGCUGUAUGUGGUUAUAACACAUUGUGCCUAAAAUGCAGAAAAGGGGAUUGCUGUGGCUAUUGAUGGUAGUUUAGACAUUGCUACAAACGUUCUCCUCACCCAUUAUUAAUUAAUUGUCUACCUGUAGGUGUCUGGGUAAAUCAAUUGGGGGAGCAGUGGCAGUAGAGUGGCAAUUAUUAAUGACCCGGGCAGGAUGUUAGCACAGCAAUCGCUCUGACAACAAUUCAUACAAUAACAUAUUCUUGGGCAAACACAAAGUUGACAGCCAAAUCUUGGUUAAAUAAAAAAAUGUUUUCAAUGUCCUUAAAUACAUCUCACUUCACAGAUUCAGAGUUACAGCACAGAAGGAGGCCACUCGGCCUAUAAUAUUUGCACGAGUUCUUCAAAUGAACAUUAUUGUUCCUGAGAAGGGCUUAUGCCCGAAACGUCAAUUCUGCUGUUCCCUGGAUGCUGCCUGGCCUGCUGCGCUUUUCCAGCAACACAUUUUCAGCUCUGAUCUCCAGCAUCUGCAGACCUCACUUUCUCCUCAUUAUUACCUAGUGCCAAUCUUCCGCUUUCUCCUCAUAUCCAAUAUUUAUAUCCAAGUAACCAUCCAAUUCCCUCUUGAAUGCCUCAAUCGAACCUGCCUGCAGCACUUUUUCCAGAAACAAAAGAACUACAGAUGCUGGAAUCCAAGGUAGACAGACAGGAAGCUGGAAGAACACAACAAGCCAGGAGGUAAAAAAGUCAACAUUUUGGGUGUAACCCUUCUUCAGGAUUGGAGCUGGGUGUAAGGCGAGCUUUAGAUAAAAGGUGCGGGGUGGGGAUGGGUUUUGGCUGGGGACAGGGGUGGAGUAGUGAGGUAGGGGUAGGUGAACACAGGUAGACGGUACGGCCUGGUUGGUCGAUGGGAGGAAUGAAUCCAGUUGGUGGUUGGAAGGAAGGGUCAGUCAGAGGAAUGGAAGGGAGGGGGAGGGGCUGGGAAGGGAAUCAGGAGAGCCACUGCUCUAAAUCCCUCCCCCAUCCAAAUGCAAUAAAGACAGGGUCCCCCUUGUCCUCACCUACCACCCCACAAGUC